ACAGUCGUGUAUCAAAGACCAUCGGAUGAUUACUCCUGUCCAACAACUCAACCUGUCAUCAUCCACUCCCGUCCAACAACUCAACCUGCCUUUAUGUAUGAAAAGGCAACAACUUUACAGUUAGACGCCUGCAUGCUUUUAUCGAAAACUUGAGGCCAAAAAUGAAAGACGAAAGUUUCCAGUUCAACUACCUCUGUUUCCUUCUCUUCCUCUGUUUUUCCUCUGCCCAUUCUCUUGUUAGAAACUGCAGCACUGGAGAAGAAGAAGAAGACAUCAAUAGAUCACAAUUCCCAGAUGGGUUCUUCUUUGGAACAGCCACUUCUUCAUACCAAAUUGAAGGAGCAUAUCUUGAAGAUGGUAAGAGACUCAACAACUGGGAUGUCUUCAAUCAUAGGAAAGGUAACAUAAAUGGGGAAAACGGAGACGUCGCCGAUGAUCAUUACCACCGGUACUUGGAAGAUAUUGAGAUACUGCAGUCCCUUGGGGUAAAUUCCUACAGAUUUUCAAUUUCUUGGGCUAGAAUUCUCCCUAGAGGGAAAUUUGGCAGAGUUAACCCCGCAGGGGUCUCCUUCUAUAACAAAAUACUAGAUAGUCUCCUACUUAAAGGAAUCGAGCCAUUUGUGACGAUAUAUCAUCAUGAUUUUCCCCAAGAACUUGAGCAAAGAUAUGGGUCUUGGCUCAGUCCCCUAAUGCAGGAGGAUUUUGUUUAUUUUGCGGAGACCUGUUUUAAGAGCUUUGGUGAUCGAGUGAAGCACUGGAUCACGAUCAACGAGCCGAACCUGUUUGCAGAUAUGGCCUACAUUAGGGGAAGAUACCCACCAGCCCAUUGUUCGGAGCCUUUCGGAAGCUGUCCCGUCGGCAACUCCGACAUGGAGCCCCUCUUAGCGAUGCACAACAUGUUACUGGCUCAUGGCAAGGGUGCUAAGCUCUACCGCGAUCAUUUUCAGAAAAACCAAGGUGGAGUUAUUGGAAUUGUUGUAAGUGCGUUUAUGUAUAAACCACUGACCGAAAGUGAAGUUGAUUUGGCUGCUGCAAAUAGGGCCUUGGCUUUUAAUGUCGCCUGGACUUUUGAUCCCCUAAUAUUCGGAGAUUACCCUCCAGAAAUGCGUCAUUACCACGGGAAUGAAUUGCCAAGCUUCUCUCUAGAGGAAAAAGAUAUCAUAAAAGACAGUAUUGACUUCAUCGGCCUCAACCAUUACUCGACAUUCUACGUCAAGGACUGCAUUUAUUCUAGUUGCGCCAUAGGGGGAGACCGGCCAAUUCGAGGCUUUUCAAACACUACUGGAUAUCGGGAUGGUGUUCCGAUUGGGGACCGGACAGGGAUGGCAAGUUUCUUUGUAGUUCCAAGAGGCAUGGAAGAGAUUGUUAACUAUGUUAAGGACAGAUAUCAUAACAAGCCCAUGUAUGUGCUGGAAAAUGGGUAUUCACCACCAAGAAAUCAAGAGGUACAAGAGCAGGAGGUACUGAAUGAUGUAAAGCGAAUUGAAUUCCACAAAGCAUACUUGGCUUCCUUGGCCAGAUCAAUCAGGAAUGGUGCUGAUGUGCGCGGCUACUUUGUAUGGUCAUUGAUGGACAACUAUGAAUGGGUCGAUGGCUAUGGCCUGACAUUCGGGCUUUACUACAUUGAUCGUAAAACUCUCAAAAGGACUCCCAAGCAAUCUGCUUUAUGGUAUAGGAGAUUCCUAACUAAUACUAUUAGCUGCCAAAAGGAAGAAGUGAUGAGAAGUUCAUUUGGAAACAAGAAUGUCAUAGAUUCUGGGGUACAAGCGAAAGCAGCAGCAAUGUGAUUGUGUUACUCUAUAUGUUGUAUAUGUUAUUUUGAGAAAGCGGUGUAAGUAAAGUAAUUUGUAUUCGUGAUAUUAGGUCAUGUGCAAUGCAUAUAUUUUCACUUGCAUGUACAAUAGAAAAAAGAAGAAGCCGUUUUAUCAUAUAA